AUGAAGCCAAAUGGUAACUAUAGCUUAUCUAAUUUCACCGAAACAGACCUUAUAGAAGCUUACAUGUUUAGCAAGCCUUCUAUAUCCUGCAAAAUUUUACUUGCCAAUCCUAAAUUAUUCAACAAGACACACGAAAAGGUGAAAAAUAUUUAGGUAAACGCUUCAAUCUUAUUUCGAGCGGUCUUAGAAGAAAACAUAAAACUCGUAAAUUUUUUACUCUCUAAAGGUGUAAAUCCCAAUAUUACUAACAAUAUAGGAGAAACACCCUUACACCAUGCUGCUGAUAACUCUUUAUUAGAGAUUGCUACAAAUCUGAUACAUUAUAGCGCGGAUCCCAAUAGUGAAACUAUUGAUGGUGAAACGCCCUUGCAUAAUGCAGCGUUUAGAGGUGACAAAAAUAUGGUCGAGUUGUUGCUUUUGUGCAGUUCUGAUCCAAAUAAGAAAAAUAAUUUUCUUGGCAGGACCCCACUUCACUAUGCAGCUGAAUGCAAUUCUGCUGACUGCAUUAAAUUACUACUAGAAAGCUUUGCUGAUAAGUCUAUCAAAGAUAACGAUGGAAAUAGUCCAUAUGAUUUAGCUUUUAAUGCAAAAAUAAAAGAGCUACUGGAAAUUGACGACAAAAUCAAGAAAGAAAAUCACACAAAAAUAAAUUCGCUAGCUGAGACAGAUUUGUCAUCAAUUAUAAAAGAGUCGCCUAAUUUAAUACCUGAUCAGGUAGAUGGGUCAGAUUCUGAGGAGAUGCAACUCACAACACAAAGUUCGUUAAAUAAGCUCUAUGAUUUUCUUAGCAGGCAUAAUCUUCAAGAGUAUUUUGAAGUACUGCAAAAUGCAGGAUAUGAUGACUUAGAGCUGAUAUAUCAAAAAACGAGAGGAAAUUCACCAAUUAAUGAGGUCAUUCUUGAAAAUAUAGGGAUAGAGAAGGCUGGACAUAGAAUUAGACUUAUAAUGGCCCUAGAAGAAAACUGCUAUAGGAAUCAAAAGCUUAAUGAUGAUUACAGAGAUAAUAAAAUGAAUGAAGAAAUUUGUAUUUCAGUCCAAGAGUGGUUGAAUAUAAUUAAGCUUUCUUUUUUAGCAGAAAAUUUCAUAAAAGCUGGCUAUGAUGAUAUGGGAUUCUUGAUUAAACAAAUGAGGUCUAAAUAUCAAUUAGGACAUAAAGAACUUGAAAAUAUCGGAGUCGAUAAGUUUGGGUAUAGAUUGAGGAUAUUGGGGAAGCUUUAUGAAGAAUCUGAUGUAAUGCAAGAGACUAUAAGGUGUGAUGAAAAGGUUUGCAAAUCUCGCUGUGCUCUUAUGUAA